AUGUCAGAAUUCAGAGCUCAAGAUAAUGAGCUGCAGCCUCUGUCAGCUCAGUUAGAUAGUGUUGAGCGCGAGGCUGGAGAAGAUGAAACGGAAUGCUCCUCGAAACCGAGCAUCGAUCAGGCCAAGUGGUCGCGCUCUCCUCGAAAACUGACAAACAACGCCCGUUCGAGUCCAUUCGCGACUUCGCUGGAUGCUAUUCUUGCCUGUUUUCCCAUCCUCUUCCUCGUACUCGCAAUUCUCGCGAUCCGUCUUGACGGGACUCAAAUAUCCCAGUACGGCGACGGAAUCAUCCAGGCUACACAGCUGCUUCCUUCCGUUUUCCCCAUAGUGUUCGCAGCGAUUGUUGGAGGCUUGAUGCGAAAUUAUGCCUUAUGGAGGGCGCAAAACUGCGCUCCACUAGGGGUCCUAGAACAAUUGAAUGGCAGUUCAAGCUUUGCAGGAACAGUCUCAUCGAUACUGGCACUGCGUCAUGCGACUCUCCUCUCAGUAUCUGUCCUCCUGCUUUGGGCGAUGUCACCCAUCGGAGGCCAAAGUGCACUACGGAUGGUUUCACAGGCAGCGUCAAGUGUUUCCGGGAACGCCUCGGCUGCAUAUAUAAACAUGAACGGUAGUUCUUAUUUAAUUGGCUUCUCUGCGAUGACCGCUGGCCUCACUCCCACCAACGCGGUGUACACUGCGUCUCUUCUCGCUUCGCAGGAGGUCAAAGACUCUCCUCGCGACUUGUGGGGAUGGCCAAAGAUCCCUCUUCUGCGAACUCUGCCACCCGUUAGCUCAUCACGCAAUUCUGCAAACCCCUGGAGAAGUUCCGUAUCCAAUGAUUCGAUCAUUUAUUCAUCUCUUGCUGGAAUUGUCCUUCAAGGCAUUCCACGCGACCUGGAUGCCGAGUUCUCCGUCGAGUCAUCAUAUCUUGACCUUGAUUGCCACUUAGUUGCCAAUGACAGUACGGAUCAAGUGGUGUAUGAGAUAAUGGGCAAAAGUGUGCUCGUGCAUAAUGCUACCGAUCUGUUUGAGCAUCCCACCUAUCAUAGCAUAGGUGAAGUGACCAUGAGUAGCUUCUUCAUCGACACAACCUAUAAUUUCACUGCUCCUGCUCGAAACCAGGCGAAUGUUAAUCUGUUUUACGGAUCACGAAACAGACUGGGCGAAGGGCCCCUUCGCGCUGCGCUUUUCAAUUGUUCUAUUUCCUACGUCCAUGUAGAAUCAUGGAUCGCAUGUCAAAAUUAUUCAUGCGCCGUAAACCGCAUGCGGCAAUCUGAGAAUGACAGGCGCCCUAGCUCAUACACACCAUGGCAUGACCUUGAUUUGAAGAUGACUAAUAACUGGGUUACACUUUACAACUUCAUUACUGAGCUCCCAGCUGCUUCUGGACCAAUAGCGAGUUAUGCUGCAUCACCAACAGACAGCUAUAUCUACGGAGAACCUUCCCUGUUCUCGCUCAAAGAUUACCAUCGCGAUUGGAGCUCUGUGAGUGAACACGACGUCUCGACUAGACUCACAACCGUGUUCAAUACGUACUGGCAGGCAUCACUGGCCCCUCUCAUUAUCACUACCGUCUCCGCAUCGGAUCCUGUUCGCCUCUCAAUACCGCCUCAGGAAGGGCUGGCAAACUUCAACAGCACUUUCUGUACAACUUCCAGAGCUAUCAGGGUAUAUCGUACGAAGUUUGGUUGGGUAUCGGUAUUCAUUUUCGGUGCAAUCUUACUCCAAUUCUGCGCAGUUGCCGCUCUUUCCCUCAAGUCCAUGACCAUCGCCCCCGAUAUCCUCGGAUAUGUGUCAUCGAUGACUAGAGAAAACCCACACAUUCCUCUUCCUCCAGGAGGCAGUUCCUACUCUGGCCCCGAACGCGCACGGCUACUUCGGGACUUGAAAGUCCAAAUUUUGGAUGUACAGGGCUACAAUGACACCGGACAUAUUGCAUUGGCGAGCAGGGACACAGUUGACAUGAUGGGACAGAAGCUCAACCGAAGACGCGAAUACGGAUAA